UACGCGAGCAGAGCGCUAAUGGUACGCCAGCGGUGCGCGGUUGAAACGUUAUUGGUGUAUUAUUGUGUGUACUUUACUAAGCAUUUUCUAAUAGCCCAUAAGAAAAUAAAGAAAAAUAACGCAUCAUAUAAGCGUAAUUGUAGUCUCUUAAUACAUACAUUAUACGAAAAGGAUAUAGCAGCGAUGAAAGUAAAUGACGAAAGUGAAAACCUUUUAGAAGUUAUCUGCAAUUCAGGAUGAAAAUAGUUAUAUUAGUUAGCUUGCUGUGCGACUCUGUUAUGUUCUAACUCAACGAUGACAACAUUUUGAUUUGUAUUUGACAAUACCGAUGAAUUCAAUCGUUCUCUUCAUUCAGUUAUUAUACCAGACAAUAGUCAGAGAGCGAAUCCACGAGAAUAAUAGUGAACUACAACGAGAUUAUGAUGAACAGAAAGACACAUUGGAUGAAGUAAAAAGAAAAGAAAAAGAAGCCAGUAUAGCCCUCAAGAAGUCUUUACAAGAGCAACAAAGAUUACUUGAGAGAUUAGAGACGGCUGAAUUAGAGGUACUACAAAUUCCAAAUCUAAAGGAUAAAUUAAAUGAAAUUACGAAUGAAAGAGUCGAAUCUAUGAAGAUGAAUGCCGAAAUAGUCGAGAAAUUAGAGAAAAAGCAUAUCGAGUAUGAGUCAUUGCUUAUAUCGAUUACAAACUUGACAAAGGCAAAUGAUAAUCUUCGAAAUAAUUAUGAAGCUCGCGAAAAUGUAAUUGAAAUGCUACGCGAAAAUAAUCGACAACUAGAAGAGGAAAAUACGGAAUUAAAAUUAUUAAGAAGCGUGGAUACCCGUACUUCUAUUGACCGACUGUUACAUUCCGACGGGGAAUCAUAUUGCACGAUACACGAUUCGCCCUACACUAUAUUCAACGAUUCAAACCAUCAAGAUUCCCUCUAUGACGAAUUGAAAGCAUCUGGUAUUGCGAAUAUGUGCAGCUGGAAUGAUACGAUAAGUCGCGAAUUGAAAAAGGAAGUGCAAUGGUACGAAUUAGAAAUUCAUAAACUUAUACAACUAACUGAAAGUGUUUUCCAACAAUUGGUAUUGGCACAAAACGAGAAAUGUGUUAAUUUUAAGCAAAAUGUAAUUGAGAGUUCUGAAAAGAUGAACAAUUUGGAAAUCCUUAGACAAAGGAUACAAAUUCUACUAGAUACGGUAAACGCAAGAUUAGAAACCGAUAUUCAAAUACCAAUACAAAACUCUGGAACAAGAAUAAAUAUGUGCGAUUUGUCUACUUUAAACUCUAACGAAGAUCAUGUAGAAUGUUUUUUGAAAAAAGAUCAAAUAAUUAUGUCUUACGACGAUAUCUCGAAUGAAAAGCAAGAUCCUAAAGUAGUAAUGGUGUCGGAAACUAGCAAUAUCGAUCCAAUCAUACAAAUAUUCCAUCAAAAUGUUCGACCCGUUACAAGUUCGCACCCAAGUCCAAUAAAAAACUCGACGGAAAAUGUCAGUUUAAUCUCAUUGGAGAAAAGUAUAACUCUAUGUACAUCAACGAUGUGUCAGGAUACCCCUAACGACGCUUCCAAAAUAAAAAACGAUAUUUUUGGCCAUAGUAACAAAGAUUACUCGGAUACCAUCGCUCGAAUAUGUCCCGAUAAAUCUUCCCCAAAUGGAAAUAAUAUGAAGGAAAAUGAAAAACUACAAUUUAUGGAUCAUAUAUCCUUACCAAUAAACUUUCCAGCUACAUUCCAAUCAGUUACUAUUGAAUGCAAUCGUAAAUCAAAGUCCGAAUCUAGUCUACUUCCUAAAAAGAAAGUUUUAUCUUCUCGUUCGUUUAAUGUUAUUAUUCCAUUAUCAGCAACGGAGAAAAUGAAUGAAGCUAUUGAAAUAAGAAAAUCUUCCGGCAACUCAACUUGCGAAGAAACAGAAAAAGAAAACAAGUUUCAGACAGAAUUUAAAGAAAAGGAUGCGGAAAAUUUAACAAACUCUCAUGAAUACAAAUUCGGAGGUACCUAUAGGUCUUUGAAUGAUAGUAGUGAUUCUUCGGUUAGUUCAUCAUCUAUUCGAUCUGAAAACCUACUCCUUGAAGAUUUUUCUUUAGACGGAUUAGAACAUUCUCUAUAUGAAUUCAAACGCCCUGUCCUGAUGGCUCCUACAAAAUUGAAAUUAUUGUUACAUAAAGUUACGUCGUUGGAUGAUGAAAAUCAAAUGUCAGAUAGCAAAGAAAAUUUUCAUGAAUUACUAGAUCUUCAGAACGGAACGGAGUGUAGAAAUAACCUGGUGAAAAAAAUAAAAAGGAAAAACCUAGAAGUUUGUAAAAUCGGUAGUUUCAACUUGACCAAGUCGAAUAUUCGAAAUGACAAAGAAAUUGACAAAGAAAUUGACAAAGAAACAGGAUUACGUAAUUGUCUAUUUCAUUAUUUGAAAAACAUUUUGACUCCAUCAUCGUGGCGCGUGCUCAUUUCCUAUUUACUGGUUUUUUUUUUUGGAUUCUAUGCAAUGAGUGGUUUUUUAUCAACGAGUAUAAACGUUGGGCCACCAUACAAAUGGUGGUCAUUAGAAGAAAUACUUAAUCAAUAUUUCCCAAUCGUAAACAUGAGAUUUCCGCCAUUGUUGUGAAUAAAUAUUGAAUCGAUUUAUAUAUUUAUAUCAGCGGAUAUAUUGUAAAUAUGCGUUUAAAUAUAAAGAUUACACGCGUCUGAUAGGUAUAUAUUGUAUUUAACACGUUGACUGCCAAACGUCGUUUGAAUUCGGGAGACGUUUAUUUGUCUACUUGUAUGAGAUCUUCUUGGAUAUUUAAAAAGAUAUUGAAACAUUAUCAUUGAUUAAAAUAUUUUUAACUCUUCUAUAUAUGUUGUGUGUAAUUAACAAAAUAUCCCAUGAAAACCCAUGGUCGAUCCUCGCAAAGUAUCAAUUAUGCUUUUAGACGACACCGCAAGGUGUUGCUGCUUGCGUUACUAGGUGCUAAAGACUUUCCAAAAGAUUUUAGAAAGAUUGCAAAAAUAAGUGACCUUUAACAUAAGAAGAAAAAUCACAUGUCAGAUAUGAUAAACUUGACAUAUUCACAAAAUAAUGUUUUCAUAUGGAACGCCUACGAUUGGUUGACACUGCGGAAGGAGCAUAGGAUAAUUGGAGAAUUAGUAGGUUGUCUUGCAAAAUAUCCUCGGCAAGAAGUACUUUCAGGCCUUCCAUUGCUUUUGUUUCCGGAAGAAGUUUCCCUUUUAUUAGAAAAAGGAAUUGCUCGUGUUGUUAAAUAUUCACACUUACAAUAUCCACCGAGUGAAUCUUUAAAAGAAACUUUUGACCAAUACAGGGAAAUAUUGUUUAAGGAACAAGAAAAGUGCUUAAAACAAGAAAAAGAAAAACAG